AGCAUUAGAACGAGCGCCGGAAUGGCGACCACUUUGAGACCUCUCGACCCCAAGCUGGCCGCUCUGGCCAAAAGCGAGUGCAACGAGGAGCCCGCUCAACGCGACGAAAUCGUGGCAACCAUCCAGACAUGGAUUAGCAAAUCGCCUCACCUCAAAGCGCCCACCGAUGAGCAGCUGAUCCUGGCCUUCCUGCGGCGCUGUCGCUUCAGCCAAGAGGAGACCAAGAGGCGUUUUGACAACUAUUACUCCUUAAGGAGUGUCUUCCCAGAGGUGCUGGGCUCGCGGCAGGUGGACGAGGCCUUACUCACGCAGCUUCAGAGAGGGAUCCAUGUAAUACCCACAAGGCCAGUUAGUCCCGAAGGACCUCGGGUAAUCAUCUCCCAGUUCCGGAAUAUCGAUCCCAAAAAGUCAAAUCCCCGCGAGGCCUUCAAACUGGUCUUCAUCAUGCUGGAACUCCUGGCCCUGGAGUGUGAUAAUGCCUCGAUCUCGGGCUUAGUCUGGGUGGUGGAUUGCCGGGAUGUGACCAUGGAGCAAAUGAUGCAAUAUGAUCCCUUUCUGCUGAAGAAAUCCUUCGCUUUGGUGGAACAGUGUAUGCCCCUGAGAUUCGCAGAGAUUCACUUGAUCAAUAUUAGGAAAGAGGGACUGGCCAUUUUUAGUUUUGUGACCAAGUUUCUGCCAUCCAAACUGCCAUUUAAGUUCAUGGUUCACAAAAAAUCCGAGGACCUGUACAAACAUCUGCCCAGAGAUGCUAUGACCAUUGAGUACGGCGGCACCAAUGGCUAUCAGGCAGAAUCCUUAGACUAUUGGCGCGAAAAGCUGCAGGAGAAAAAGGAAUACCUGGCCAAAGAUGCCCAGUAUGGAACCAAUGAGAAACUACGCGUGGGAUUGGCCAGUGCCUGGGCCAACGGAGAGCUGGACGGGAUGAGCGGUUCCUUCCGCAAGCUGGAACUGGACUAAAAGACUUUCUUU